AUGCACGUUUGGGGCGUCCCGGUUGAUUCGGACAUCGUAGCUCCCAUGGCUGUACAUAUUGAAUACCAAAUGCAGAACGAUGGAGAAAAAAUGGAGGUGUACCAUGAAAAUCUCAAUAGCUCAGAAUUCUUUUGCACUGAAUUUGGCAUGAAAAUCGAGUUCAGUCCUCCCACAUUCACUAUUCAAAGCAUCAUCCUCAUCUAUUCAAUAUACCAAAAUGUAAUCUCACCGACCGAUCUCACUAGCGGUCCGCCCGACUAUUUCCGUAUGACUGCAGCUCCUCAAGACACAGUGUCAUCCUUGUGUGCAACUCUGCAGAUCCGUUCAUGGAAAACCAAAAAUACAGAGCAGAGCACCAAGACUAACAAUACCUACUCUUACCUGGAUUCCCCUCCUAAAAAAUGCGCGGAUCGGCGCAUCCAGAAUCCGGAUGGACUCCCGAAUGUAAAGCGAUGCAUUGUCUCAAACGCUCGUCUUCAAAAAGCUGCAGCCUCUUUCACGCGUGGCUUCAAUAUGGCAGGGCGAACGGAUAUUGACCUCGAGCAGCUACUCGUAGCUGCGUCGGCAUCGCAGAAACUAGUGAGAUUGCAAACCCAGAUACAUGCUCCCCGAAGCGCUAGAUUCGUCGGUGGAUACGGGUCGAAUUUCAGUAUGUUAACUACUUGCACAAUCGUUGACUCUUCUCUAGGAUGUCCCUUCGUACCUAUUGGGGAGAAGAGCACGAUCAUUGAACCAGAGGUCCUGCAACGCAUGCGAGUGCCUGGUCGCCGAAUCCACUCUCUGAAAAUGAAUCACUGCGCUAUAGUGACAAGGAGGGUUGUAAAGCACAACGUUGACUUCAAGCGCCUCAAUCCACCCAACCUUCGAAGAAACUCGAACACCGAGGUCCUCAUAACCCGAAAGGUGUCGUUCAAAGCACGUUCUGCACAAUGUUUGAAACCACUAGACACCGCACCAUGUUUUGUGGUUCAGGCAGUGCGCGUGUCGAUGCCAAGCCCACUGUUCACCUCGGUGAACCUUCCUGAGCUCUUCAAGUGUGAGGCAUUCGGUAUCAGUGAAGUCCUGCAGGGUUGCCAUGUGCAAAAGAUUACUUGGACAGGAGAAAAGAGAGAACGCAAUAAUCGUCCUUCCCGCGGGGAACUGCAGAGAAUACCAUUAUUCACUCGUCCAAUGGGGGCUCUGUUGAUUAAGAUCCAAACGGAGAACUCCGCUGCAACGUUAAAUGGUCGAUCUUCCGAUGGUAGAUCACCUGCCAAAUACCAAACCCUGUCACUGAGCAAUGAACUAGGGCACCAAUCAAAACUGAAGAAAAACGAAAUCAGCUUUCUCCACUUAUACGCAUUGUGUCUUUGUCAAAGAAAAGAAGGUGCAACUAAAAUUGAGAAGAGGAACCACCGAACGAAACGCCACUUCCCUAAUAACCACAGAACCCCAAACCCUAGUGUCAUGGGUGAAUUUAUGCAAUAUGACGAGGCGCAUUUGAAGGCGACGGCUAAGAAUAGAGAUUCGUCCUCUCAAGCCUUCUCGCGAAAACAGACGAAAAAGUUGAAUAUUCAAUGCUCAUCACUCAGCUUACCCUCGUGUCAAAGGUGUGCUCUCUACAAAGACACAGCGAACCGGAAUAUGCACGGGAAGUCUGCGCCGGACGAGAAAAUGCAAGGCCGAGGGUCCCUUAACUCGAUGGCAAAAAAAUGCGAUUUGGAAACACAGAUUCUCCGAGAAGGAUCCGACAAAAAAAAAACGCCUGGUGUCAAGACAUUUGUCAAAGAUUUACAGUUGGGCGCUGACGGAGACUUGACGAAGGUCUUACGAUCUACCUUCGAAGACUGGUUGCCUAAGAGAAUGGCGGAAGGGAAUAUGCAGGUACGGGGGAGUGGAUGCAGGGUUCUCACAUUAUUAAAAGUUCAUAUCGUUGGCGGAAUUCCAACUCGCACGAAGAUGCUUCCCUUCAAGGCAGUUCUGUGGCUGCUGUAUUUGAAACCUUUGGCUGCCUGUAAGCUGAAGCUGCUGGUACCGGCACGCCGUGCCAAUGAACGUGGAAUGCAGAGAUCGUCUCCCAACUUCUGGCUGCGUUGGUUCUCGGGCCUGGGAGGACCCGUGAAAGAGCAUUCGGGCUCGCUCGUUGAGACACCAUCAUACGAUAGGCAAACCGCACAGCAGGGGAUCCGCCCUGGACACUGGCUCUAG